AUGAAUCAAGCUGCCAAAGCCCCCGAGGGCGUCCGCAAACAGGCCGGCAGCCCCGUCGAUGCUUCCCAAAGGAAACCUCCACCCAAGGCAUGGACCCAAGGUACCAACCCGAUCACUCAACGUCCUUCGAACCCGGCUACGUCCAACGGUGUUGCGAACAACCCCAGGCCCACCCAGAUUUCCGCUCGCACCUCCGAGACGCCUUCCCCCAUGAAGCAUCUGAACGACAGGAUGAUGUACCUACUGUCGAAUCUCAUUGGACAGCUUGGUGAAUUCACCUUGAAGAACGGCGAAAAGUAUACUGGUGUCCUUUCUGGAACUUCUCUUGACCCGACCGAGAUGCGAUAUGUGUUCAAAAUGGUCCGACGGAUACAACCGUCGAGUGAUGUCCAAGUGAAUGGGACCAGCGAUUCCUCGGACGGAUACAUUGGCCAAGGGGAUGACCGUGUCAUGACAUUCAACUUUCAGGAUGUAGCGCACUUCCAUGUCCCAGAUGUGGCUUUUGAAAGGACUCAAGCUAGAGCAUCAAACGGAAUUCCCUCCGGUUUCCGGACCGACUCUGACAUAUCAGGUAGGAUGGCUAUCCGCGAACGUCAUCUCCAAAAGUGGGAGCCGUCCGCGGACGACACCUUCAACCACUCGUUGGAGCCAACUGGUCGGUCGACGGAGUGGGAUCAGUUUGCUGCCAACGAGGCACUCUUUGGGGUGAAGAGUAGCUACGAUGAGGGCCUCUACACCACCGCCAUCGACCGCAGCGAUCCUAGAUUCGCAGAGAAGGAAGCACACGCAGCUAGAAUCGCCCGAGCUAUAGAGUCCAGCUCCACGACGAAUGCCCACAUACGCGAGGAACGAGGCUUGGCUGUUGCGGAUGAUAACGUCGACGAAGAAGCAAAGUACAGCGGAGUUCGACGUGAUUUCACUCCCCUCGCCGCCGGCGGGCCCAACAAGUAUACCCCCCCAGCUCGACGCCCUCCCACUGGUCAACCUACGGUGCCUGGCGCGCCUGUAGACCCAGCUAUCAUCUCGUCUCAAAUUGCUCGCCCUGCCCCAUUCACUACGAAAGGGGUGAUGCGCGAAGAUUCAGGAAUUGCGCCCCAACCCAAUGCUGGCACAGAGCAACCGAAGCAAGAGCCUUCCGAUACGAAAGCCGCCUCGUUGUCUAAGUCUGAACUCCUCGAGAAACCUGCAAUUGAAGCUACCAAAGACACAACCUCCGAUCAGGGUCCAGGCCCUAUCACAGGAUCGGCCAAGGACGCGGUCAAGCUGCCCGCCAAGGAUGCUACCGCUUCGCUUGACAAAGUAACAGCCGGCCCCUCCAAAUCCGGAGGAGCUUUACCACAACCUAGUCAAUCCUCAGUGCCUGUUCCGUCUACUCAUAGUGUGGAGCAUGAGCUGCUUGACAAAUUCAAAGAGUUUUCAGCCCGAGAGAAGCUUCGCGCAGCCGACCUGCACCGUCAGAAACAGCGCGAUUCGAAAGCUGUGAAACUCAACGAACUCAAGAAGUUCUCGCAGAAUUUCAAGUUGAGGACGCCUGUUCCCUCCGAUCUGGUGCCUAUCUUGGCUAAAGACGAAACCAAACAACAGGAGAUUGUCAAGAAAGCUCUUCGUGCCGUGGAAGAACGGAAGUCUGCUUCCGCUCAGCCCGUUAUGGCUUCAGACGCGAAGAUUGCUACGGGGAUGACUGCAGCUAAGCCCAGCACUACGCCUUCUGCACCUAGCGCUGGGGUGGAUCGUCAGCACAUACCAAGAGGUCGACCUGGUCAAUCUCCUUAUGCGGCGAGUACGAUGCGAUCCGGGAGUGGCGCCAGUCCUGGUUCGACCCAAGGCUCGCGGACCACUGGAUCGCUGGGCCCAAGGCUUGCGCAGAAUCAUCAACAGCAUAGACAGCAAGGCGCCAUGCCUUUCCAUGGCACGCCGUAUCCAAUUCCGCUUGUGGACAGAACGCAUGAUGUGAGGGUGCCCACUGGCCCAUCCGCGCCAUCUAGCGGAAUCCAGACUCCGACCUCCGCAGCUUCGGGGCGGUUCAACGCGCGAGCGGCCGAAUUCAGGCCUAAUGUUGCGGCAACCGCCUUUGUCCCUGGCGCAACUGCGAGCGCGAGCUCUAGUCCACGACCUGGUUCGGCUGCUAGACAAGAUGUACAUCGUCGUCCUCCUGUAACCAGCUAUCUUGACGGCGCGAAACCUACCUUGGAGCCGCUCGAUUUCAAUGAUUCUUUCAACUACCUCAAACGCGCAAUCGCCGAGGCGCCCAAAGAGAAGGUGCGUGAGUAUGCCGUCAAUGGUGGCGUGCCUUUUUCCUACAAAACUCCGCCAACUUGGGAUUUCCCCGAAACCAACACGGAGAGAGGCUACUUGACCCUGUUCAAGAGCACAUCAACAGGCACACAUCUUCCAGCCUCGGCCAACACGUUAAACCAUAAUCCAAUGCCGAUGCAGCACCAGAUCGCCCCGCACCUUCAAGCGCCGCCUCCGCAAGCUCAAACGCCACACCAAACGCCGCGGCAUCCGGCAGCGCAGCCGCACCCGGCUCAUGGCGGGCCUGCUCCGUUCGAGAGCAAUCCCAUGCAAUAUUCACACUCCACCUCUUCCGUAAACCCUUCCCCUCGCGCUGUGCAUCCUUAUAUGUACGGCACGCAACCACGAGCCAUGCCUGGCUUCCCUCAACAGGGCCAUAUGCCGCCCUACAUCAGCCCUGCUGUAACGCAUGCGGCUCUUCAGCAGCCCUACGGCAAUACCCCCGUACCUGGAAUGGGAGGGCAAAUGAUGGCACAUCAACCCUCCAGUGGCCCUUAUAUGGGUAUGCCAGCUACGGCGCAGGUGCCAAUGUUUACGCCUCCUGGACCGGCAUUCGUCCAUUAUCCAAACCAGGGACCAGGGCCUGCUGCUACUAACAGCUUCUCCAGCCCUCGGCCAGGCGCUCCAAUGAUGCACCAUCAAGGCUCUCAGCAAGGACACCAGCCUGGACUGGUUUACGUGCCGCCGGGGGCUCCAAUGUACGGACAGAUUCCACCUACGUCAAUGAUGCCGAUGCGACCGCAACCAUACCCGCAAGCACAUCAGCAGCACUACUCUCCCCAAACCCAUCACCCAUUCCCACAGCAGAACCACCGAGGCACGCCUAGUGGAACCUAUGCGCAACCAAUGAUGCAGCAACACUCCAUGGCCCCUCAUAAUGUUGCGCCCAAUGGGCCGGCCAACCAUGGGCCACUCAAUCACGGGCCAGAAGUGGCUGAUGAGGGCAAGUGA